AUGGACAAGACUUCGUUUUUAAACUAAAUGGAUAGUUUCAUUGAGAAUACAAUAUAGGCCGAAGGUUACUAAAAGACAGAAUUUCUAUAAUAUUUGAAAAGUAAAAAAGUUAAUGGCGAUUAAAUUGAAUUAUGGAAUAUGGAUGAAAUUCUAAUAGCUUAAUAAGAGUUUAUGACAUGGAAAUAGAAUAAGUAAUAUUUCAUUUGAUUUAAGUGAUUCAACUACCUAAGUAAAUUUAGAUCCUUAGUCCCUCAGCAACCAUUAGAACUAAUAACCUCAAUUAAAUGACAAACCGCCUCCUCCUAUUUAGAAUUCUUAGUAAGACUCUAUGAAAUAAGAUGUUCCCAAAUAGGAGGGUUUAAAGGAAUAACCUGAACGUUUGGCUUAGUAAUCUUAGCAUCCACAAUAGCCUUUGACUCAAUAUGCCAAUAUGUAGUAAAAUCCAACCAUAGCUGUAGUUCAGCGUCACAAGGUCUACUCAGGAUAAUAGAUAUAAAUAAAUUAGAAUUCUUUCUUGUAUAAAAAUCCUAAUAUAGACGUUAAGAUUGUCAGUUAUCAAGAGUAGACAGGUUCUUUAUUUUCUAUGUCGUAUUUCUUAUAUAAUAUAACUUUGAAUCCAUAUAACUAUGUCAUAGCUAGAAGAUAUUCUGAUUUUGAAAAACUUAGAGAAUAUUUAGUUAAGAAUUAUCCAGACUUUUAUGUCCCUCCAAUUCCUGAAAAAAUGGCAUCAGGCUCUAAGAUUAAGGUAGCUGAUUACAGAUCAUUUGCUUUGGAGAAGUUUAUGAAUACAAUCAUAAGACAAUUCUGGUUCGAUGAAUUGGUAGAUAAUUUUUUUAGUUGUUAAAAUGAGAAUGAUCUAUAAAAUAAGUUAAAGCAAUAGAAAUAGAGACAAUGCAAUAUCUAGAAUUUGAUGAGUUUAAAUGGCUAAUUAGAAUGUAAAGUAAGUUCCUAAAUUGAGAGUUUCUUCGCAUAUUAAUCAAAAAUGUUCAGUAAGGAUAUGGAAUAAAAUAAUAAUAUUAGAUAGAUCUCUUAGAAGAUUGUGGGCUUAUAUAAGCAAUUAGGUUAGGAAUAUAAAUUACUGGCAGAUUAGUUUUUAAUUUAUUAAUAAAGGGUUAAGAAUUAAAAUGAAUAAUUGUUUGAGUAGGUUGACGAAAGUUAUUAUACAAACCUAAAUCAAAUGUUUAUGACAUGUAGCAAAGCGCAAGAAGAUAUUGGAUUAAUUAUAACUAAAUAUGUAGACUAUUCAUAUGGUUAUUAAACUCAAGUGUUGGAAACUUUGAGGGAGAAAAUAAAGAAGAGAGACUAGAUGCGUGAUGAUUCCUUAAAAUUAUUAUAAAUAUUAGAUAAUUAGAUUGAUAAAAAAUUUAAGUAAUUGAGUGCUGGAUAAAUCUAACAAAAAGCACAAGGUUAAGGAGUGUUGACAGAAAAACAAUUAAAAUAGCAUUUAUUUCCAGAAGAAUCCAAAUAAUUUGAAAUCACUCAGGAUAAUUUUGGAUAUAUUAAUAACAAUAUUUAUGAAUAAAUCCAAAUUGUUAUGAAUAUGAAUUAAUAUUAGAAUAUAGAGUCUAUGUUGAAUAUGCAAUAGAAAAUCAGCCAAAUCUAUUUGAAUAUGGUCAAAGAGAAUGAAUAAUUAUUUGGUAGAAAUUGA